UUCUCUCUCUCUCUCUCUCUCUCUCUCUCUCUGCGUUCUUCUCUGUCAAUUCUCUCCCCAAAUUCUCGUCGAGAUGUACGUGCCGGGCAGGUUCCCCCCCGCCGAUUCGCCCUGCUCCGCCGCCGGAUCGUAGGGCCGCUGCGACAUUGCUGGGGGCCGCCGGUGAGAGCUCCUCUCCCCGGAGCCGUCGCCUUUGAUCUUGAUCCCCCCCUUGUGUCUUUGUCCGUGAUCCUUUUUUUUUUUUUUUUUUUUUUGUUGGUGUUUGGAAUUAUGUCUCCGUUUCGGGUUUCGGGUUUCCGUUUUGCUGUGGUGGGACAGUAACGUGCGUCGCGGUCGUGAGUGGUUCUUGCGAUUGUGUGCUGGUUAACUGCGGUGGGAGCUUUGUUUUGUUUGCGGUUUUUCCGUGCCUCACACGGGGAGAUUGAAGUGAAAUUGGAGCGGGUUCUCUUCGAGGGUUGGUGGUUUUUUGGGUGGGGAAGGAUGAGGGACGGUUUGAGAUCAGGCAAGCUGCGGGCGAAACCGGAGAAAGAUGAGCCUGUGUCCGGAAAAGUGCUUGUUCAGAAGAAGCUGGUUGACGUGAUGCCGAAAGGUGCUGACUUGGGUGGUGGGAAAGCGCCGGCUUUGGCAUCGGACAAUGCGGAGGCGUGUGAGGAGUCAGCGGUCCCGUUGGAAGAUGGAGCCAUUGUAAGUGACAAGAUGGUAGUUUCUGGGAGCGAAUGUGGUGAAGUUGUGUCGACAGGUGAAGGUCUGUGCAACGGUGCAUUGGAGGGUAGCAGGAAAAGGAGUUGGGAAAGUUGUGGAGAAGGGACUCAGUGUCAUGAGCCGAUUAAGAAAAUUGCAAAGGAGGAAGCUUUAGAUGAUGGAGUGCACUUCGUGGGACGAGUUUUGCGGUCACGGACUAUUGUUAGUAGUGGGGUUGGAAAAGAAGGUGCAAAGGACAAGAAGAGAGCUGCUGAGCUCGAGCAAAAGAGAAGAGGAGGUCGUGGGUUGGAGACCGUUAGUGAGCAGGCCGAAGAGGAUGGGGUUUUUGAUUUGGUUGAGCCAUCUUCACAGAAGUUGAAGCGGAAGCGUGGUAGGCCACCUAAGGCGCUUGAAAAGAAGAAAGCGAAGAUGCCUGGAUUGAGAAAAAGUGAAAGGAUUUCGAAAACCAAACAGAGUGUGGAGCAGACUUUGGUUGUCAGUAGUUCAAACAGAGGUAGGAGAUCAAAUGGGAAUGAAUAUGAGGUGAAGAAGAUGUCACCAGCUAAAAAGGGUAAGCAUGUGGACUUAGAAGUGGGUGAAAAUGUGCCUUCAUCAGGGCCGAGUUUGAUGUCAGAGCAAAGUAGUUAUAAUGAGCAGAGUGUGAUCAAAGGACUGAAACCAGAAGAAGAUGGAGAAGUAGGACUAAGUAAACGUAAACAGAAGAAUUUAGUGAGAGACCGAAUAAUUGAGUUGCUUAUGAGCGCGGGGUGGACAAUUGAGUACAGGCCUAGGCAAGAAAGAGAAUACAACGAUGCUGUUUAUGUGAGCCCCGAUGGAAAAACUCACUGGUCGGUGACUCUGGCUUAUAAUGUUCUUAAAAGGCGUUAUGAGGCUGGUGAUGCUGAAUCUAAGGCUUACAAGACUGGCUUUGUGUUCUCGCCUAUACCAAAGGAAGAACUUAGUAUACUAAACAAGGUAAUGACGAAGAAAAGGGAGGGAAAGAAGAAGGGCAGUAGUAAAAUUGAUGGAGCAAUCAAGAAGAAGAAGAAGCACAAAGGAAAACUCAGAUUUGGUGCAAGUGCAUAUAAACGGUUCCAAGCAAAAAGUAAAGGAAAAGCUUUGCUAACUGGAAAGGAAAAAAUGAGCGGGGCAACUCGAAAAGGAACACCAUUGUUGAUUGGGAAUCGCAAACGACGAGAGACGCAAAACAGAAAGAGAUGUGCUCUGUUGGCCCGCAACUCUGACGGGACACAACCAGAUUCUGAAAACUAUGUUCUAUACAGUGGCAAACGGACUAUACUGGCAUGGAUGAUUGAUCUGGGCACUGUCCUGGAUAAAGGAAAGGUCCAGUAUUUUCAUCCGGAAAAGACACAAGCAAAGCUUGGGGGUACAAUCACAAGGGAUGGUAUUCAUUGUGACUGCUGUGGUGAGGUGAUAACAGUUUCCGAAUUUGAAGCUCAUGCAGGCAGCAGGCUUGGCCAGCCACUUGAAAACAUAUAUUUGGAGAAUGGAAUGUCUAUGUUGCAGUGCCAGCUGGACUCUUGGAAAAAGCAGGAGGAAUCUGGGCAGAAAUGGUUCCAUUUUAUAGAUGUUGGUGGAGAUGAUCCUAACGAUGACACUUGUGGCAUCUGUGGAGAUGGAGGGAACUUGGUUUGCUGCGAUGGUUGCCCAUCAACGUUUCAUCAAAGCUGUUUAGAUAUACAAAAGUUCCCUUCAGGUGAUUGGCACUGUUUAUAUUGCUCUUGCAAAUAUUGUGGAACAAUUGGUGAGAGUACAAGAGAAAAGGAUAGCAAUGAAACUACAACAUCGUCUGCAUUAUUCAAAUGCCGGUUAUGCGAGGAAAAAUAUCACAGCUCAUGUGUACUUGCAGAGGAUGCAGUUGAGGAUGUUCAGAUUUUGUCGUCGUUUUGUGGCAAGAGCUGUCAGAAACUAUAUGAAGAUGUUGGGAUGCUUCUCGGUGUGAAACAUGAACUGGAGGAAGGAUAUUCAUUUACUCUCGUGCACCGUUUUUUUAUGGACAUAGACAUCUCUUCCACUGAAAUAUCAAGGAAGGUCGAAUGCAAUUCCAAGGUAGCUGUUGCACUGUCCGUAAUGGAUGAGUGUUUUUUGCCUGUUUCCGACCACAGAAGUGGGAUCGAUAUGAUCCAUAACAUUCUCUACAAUUGUGGGUCAAAUUUCAGUCGGCUAGAUUACAGUGGCUUCUAUACAGCAAUUUUAGAGAAGGGGGAAGAGAUAAUAUCUGCAGCAUCAAUCAGGAUUCACGGGAAUCAAUUAGCAGAGAUGCCAUUUAUUGGGACCCGUUAUAUGUAUCGGCGUCAAGGGAUGUGCCGUCGGCUGCUAAAUGGAAUUGAAUCUGUUUUGCGCUCUUUAAAGGUCCAAAAGUUGGUCAUACCUGCAAUUUCUGAACUCAAGGAAACGUGGACCUCUGUAUUCGGUUUUGAGCCAAUAGACGUGUCACUUAAGAAAAGCUUGAGAAGGAUGAAUAUUUUGGUGUUCCCUGGUGUAGAUAUGUUGCAGAAGCUGUUGUUGAAUCAUCAUAAUGCUGAAGAAAAAGCAGUUCUUCCUACAGAUCUGAAUGCUACUUGUGAAGAUACUUCUCCAGAUGUGAACACAAUGGAAGGAACAAUUUCUCCUGAUAUUAAUAUGAUGGAAGGAACACUGUCGACAACACCUGAUGAGCAUGAUAUCAAUGGCGCACCUACUGUUGAUAAAUCUACUCUGCUCGUAGACAGUUCGCUAAAUGAUACAUCUGACAUAACUAGUGACAGUGUUGACUUCUCAGAUUGUUUGGAAGAGAAAAAGGAUUUGGCCCAAUUAGGCGGGCUUUAUGACACUAAAGAGAGGAAUCAUGUCCAUCCCCACAAACUGCCUUUAUCUGACAAUUUUGCCCGUGUUUUGGAGACUGAUCUCAAUCGGGAUGAGGGAAAUGAUUUGGCCGAAUCAGAUGAGUCUCAUGAUACUGCAGAGAGGAAGAAUGUUCCCCUGAACAUUGUGCCUUCUGCAUCUGACAAUAACACCCAUGUUUUGGAGACUGAUCUCAAUCAUAAUGAAAGAGAACAUUUGGUGAAUGAGAGAAAAGAUUUGGCCCAUUUAGAUGAGCCUUAUGACUCUGCAGAGAGGAAGGAUAUUCCCGCAGACACACUGCCUUCUGCAUCUGAUAAUUUUAUUGAUCUUUUAGAGACUGAUCUCAAUCAGAAUGAGAGAGAAGAUUUGGCCCAAUUAGAUGAGCCUUAUGAUACUGCAGACAGGAAGACUGUUCCCCUGAGUACUGUGCCUUCUGCAUCUGACAAUUUUACCCAUCUUUCAGGGACUGAUCUCAAUCAUAAUGGUAUAUGCGGUUCGUUUCUUCCAACCUCACAUAUCGCGACUUUGAAAGUGGAUGCCAAACUGCAUGCUGACUCAGGCCAUUCAUGUGCAGAAUCUUGCUCUAUAUUUGAUAGAGCAGACUUUGUGGAUCACCUUGCCCCGGAAGAGUGUGCUCAAAUUGUAGACAGUGAUGUUGAUCGCAAAAGUAAUCCUGCUGGCGGCUUCCCCACUUCUCACAUUGGACAUUCUGAAGAAAGUUCUGGAGAUGUCGAUGCUGACAAGCAGGUGUUGGCUCCUGCAAAUGGGUUCAACUGUUCGGGUGAGACGUUUCAUGAUGCAAGGGACGAAAUGUUGAGUACUGCUGAAUGUCUUUCUGAUUCAGAUGGAAAGAUGCUUUUGGAUAAACUCAAAUCCAGUAAAGGUGCGCACCAAGUGAGCUCUGCACCUUCUGAUGGGUGCACACCAUCCACAGGAUCUUGGAAUCAGCUUCUGGAAGUGAUGCAUAGCAAUCCCUCGAAUGAAGUCUGCCCUUCAGCUGAUGAGGAAUCGAAGCUUGUCGCAAAUGGUGGUUUCGCAGUUCCCUCUGUUGACUGCAAUACUAGUCCUUGUCAAGCUAAUGGAAUGGUUACAUACCAAGGAAUGGUGGACUCUGAUUGCGUCGAUGUCCUGAAUCAAGAAUCUUUUGAGGCUCCUAAGAGUGGCACUGAGAAAACCUGUUUACUCUCUCCGACCAGCAAUGGACAUCGCAUGUCCCGCGAGGUCAUGCCAGACUUGAACAAGCAACCUGUGGAUGGCAUCUACUAGUCAAAUAGGCGACUGGACAAACUUGACUCUGCUCUUGGUACCUGGAUUUGUGAUAAAUACUGAUUGCCUUUCCAAUUCUUUCCCGCUAGCCGACUUUUGUAACCGGGUGCGGCUGUUUGCUGUGCGCAUGUGCAGCGAUGCCUGAGGUAAUGCCGGGAUGAUGGGAACUUGCUAACCAGCAUAGGUAACAUUCUUAUUUAACUAGAUUUCUUCCUGCUCCUGCCCAUAGUCAGUAAAUCAGGAGGGAUUCGCGCGAAGGAGCUUUUAGGUAUUAUAGCAAACUUUCUGAUGCCCAACGGUGCUUGCCGAGAGCCUUUACAAGGACCGUGUUUCAUUGAAGGACAAUGAGGGAGGGUUUGAUUUCGGAUUGUAAAAAAGUUUUGUGAUGUCUCACAAAGCUGAGUUUCUCAAGUCACAGACAGAUGUUAAUGUCAUCCCCUGUAGAUAAGAGUAAGACGCUGAGGUCUUAUAGCUUCUCGGUUGCUGGUGCUGUGCUUGUAGUUGUAGACACUGUGGCUGCUUGGCUCAUGCUUUUUGAGUUUUGGGUGCAGCUUGUUUUACUGUACAUAGUCAUUUUAAGAGGAGCAGUGCCCGUUACAGAUCCCUCCGCUUUCCUUUCGGACAACCUUUUCUGCUGUACCUGCUUACAGGGCCUCUCUUCUUUUUGCUUGUUGCGUCUCCUCCAUUGUACAGAUUGCAUCGAACGACGGUAGAGUGCAGGUUAUGGACAGAGAAGAAUAAAAAACAGUUCUGGUCUCUCUCACAUUAACAGCAGUUUUGGGCAGCUUUGACCUGAUGUCUUGAGUUUGUGAAUCUUGUGAUCUGCACUUUGCAGCUUUGACUGUCUUGAGGAAGAUCUGUUUAGUGGGCACAUUAGAAACGAUUUUCAAAUGAAAACCUGCUUUUCACUGAUGAUGGAUCAUCUCCUUUGCCCUUUAA